AUCUCGCUAACGUAUCGCGCCUGUCGGAGUAGAUACGAGUGCACAGUAUCUUUAGAGUUAUUAUAAUUGAAAUGGUGGAAAAGGAGAAAUAUUAAAGGAUCAGACGAGAAUGUUCUUUUUAAACAAAGAAAUAAAAGAUAAUGAAGAACAAAAGCAUUAUGCGUUGAGUUCUCUCAAAUAUUGAAGCGUAGAUCGCGGAAUCGAUUGCGUAGAAAGUUCCUGGUAUUUUGCAAACGUUUGAAAAAAAUGCGCGUGCAUCUACGCGUAUCCACGUUAAAAAAACCUACAAAUUUAGAGCUAGAGUUGUUAAAGGUACAGUCGAAGUAACUGAGGAAAUAAAAUGUAAACAAAUAGGAAAGCCUGAUUAGGACGAGUGUAUAAGAGUUUAUCAGGAAGUGAUUUCGUGUGUAUAUACACACGGAUCACGUGAUCAGUGCGGGUUCCUUAGGUUUAUCUGCGCAUAUUUUUCUUGUUUUGUGCGAUGUUCAGGCUGCUGGAUUCAUUGAAGGUAGAGGAUAGAGUUGGUGAACUAUACUAUGUGAUAGAAAAGGAUAUAGGGAGGAAGUAUAUAUGAGAGGGUCGCGCUCCGUAGAGAGGAAAACGGGCCAAAAUGGCGUAUGCAGCGCGCACAGCUGUUGUUUACCGACAAAUGCGUGUGCGGGUAGCAGUAGGUUGGCGCGCGUAAAUUCUCGCAUGACUUUUCGAAAAGAGUUUUCCCGUGUCGGGUGCGUGCGCGGGGAUGGCGAGUCAAGUAAGGAUACCGAGGAGAGUCUCCAGGGUGUGAAUCAACGGCGUAGGCAAAGUUAUUACUAAGUAAGAGUAGCCCAGUGGCCACCAGUUACUAGUUGGCCAAGUCAGUCAGUCAGUCAGCCAGGUAGCCAGCCAACCAGCCACCUCAGCGGGAUAGUCAGCAGCCACGAAAGCCAAGCUUAACCCAUCAGUCAUCAUUUUCACGAGUAUUUACUUUUGGUGCUCUACGGCGAGAACUCUUUUAGGAUUCAAUGAAUCGAAUCUUUUGUGGACACAAGGAAGGCUCUAUCAUGACGGCCUUCACGAAUUAACCUCGAAGACUUUUCCAACAGUGCGAAAUAGGAGGGAAGAAGGAAGCGGAGAGACAACGCAAAGCAAUCAUGAAUGCCAGAACACAGCUGUUCGAAUUGAGUAUGGAAGGACGCCAGGUAGAUGAAGCAGUGGCAAGCAUAUUUCACAGUGUCCUCUUUCACCGAAGCCUUGGAAAAUUUAAAUAUAAGCAAGAGGGCAGUUACUCCGUAGGAACCGUAGGAUAUCAAGAUGUUGAUUGUGAUUUUAUUGAUUUCACAUAUGUCUGCUGUUCAUCGAUCCAUCUAGAUCAGACAUUAAAACGUGAGAUAUCAGGCUUCUCUGAAGCACUACGUUCCACCGAUAGUCCUGGAUCAGGUCAAAUCUCACUAGAAUUUUUUCAAAAGAAAAAGAAUCGCUGGCCAUUUCAGCCAGAGUGUAUACCGUGGGAAGUGUGGACUGUGCGACUUGAAUUGAUUAAACUCGCUACAGAGCACGAACGACAAAUAUGUCGGGAAAAGGUCGGCGAUCUUUUGACGGACAAAAUUCUCUAUAUAACAGAAGUUAUGAAUCGGCAUGAUUAUUUGCCAAAAAUGCCAAAUCAGGCUGAGCUGGAUCUCAUAUUUGACACCUCGUAUCCUGAUAUUCAGCCGUAUCUAUUUAAACUAUCAUUUACGACCUCUGGUCCAUCCGGAUCCACCAUGGGUAAUACCAUGAAGAAACUGAUCAAAGAAACACUGUCCAUUUAGUCGUAACGCAUAGUUGGCUUUUUAGUUUAAAAAUGCGAUUAAAAUUUAGAUAAUCGAGCCAAUCGUCCGAAGUAAAUUCACGUAAACGCAGGACGAGCUGGUUUCUCAUACCAUAACAAUCCAACGUUAGCACUACGCGUAGGAAAUCCCGCAUUCGGAAACGCACGAGCAAUUCUUUCAUGUUCGAGUAUAUCCAUCCUCUUCGUAACGGUGCUAUCCUUAUAAACUACUGAAGUAUCCGUUUCAAAGAUAUCUUACAAAUUUUUAUUCUUUAACAAGAAAAAAUGACAUUUAAGUCUUACACCGAUAUACGAAGCAUUGCGAUAGAAAGGAAAAAAAGUCAAGUUUACCAUAUGUACAUAGCAGACAUUUUUAACUGUUAAUGUAUAUCCAUCAACUGUAUAGUACAAAUGAAUAUAAAGUUGCUUUCCUGUACUUUAUAGAUAUCCGACGCAUAAUUUCAGCAGCAAUUUCAUAGUGACGAUACUCGCGUAUUUUACUUCGGUCGGUUGUCCUCGCAUACAGGUUGUGGCGAAUAGAACACAAGUCGUAAGGAUAAAACAUCUUGGUGACUCUAUGUCUGACUUUUUCACCCUUUACUACCAGUGCUUAAUUAUAUUUCAAUUCUCGUAAUCUAUAAUGAAUUCUUUUAUCUACUCGAGACAUAAAUUUCCAGGAUUAUCACGACAUCCUUACCACCUACUAAUUCGCCGCAACCUGUCUAUCUAGUAACACAGCGAUACCUGUACCUAACUCGAGAGUGAGAAGGCAAGUGCAAGAAAUCUGCGACCGCUUCUCUACUUAAAACAAAAAUAUUAAUACAACAUUUUAACGCGAUUGCGGUCGAUCAUCACUUUUUACAAUAACUCGGCCAAUAAUAAUCAUCAAUCAUGUUGCACCGAGCGCGACGAUGUGUAGGAAGUGAGUGAAGUUGCGAAAUGAGAAACAUAUAAAAAUGUAUUUAAAAAAAUAUGAUGUGUUGACUACGAGUUUUGCGAACGAAAUUAAUCAACCUUUGAUCUUUCAUAUGGAAAACGUGCAAUCUUGAAAUUAACUAUGUGGGAGAAGUGAUACUGGGAGCACAGCGAAUUUCAACGGGUUUCACUACGAAUUCAUGAAAUGGACCUAGACAAUUGAAAUUUCGAAGGAAAUAUUGGCUGUGAUGCGAUUGUGCGUUUCUAGAGCGCAGUCGUUGCUCCGUUGAGCGAAAAUAGUCCAAGGGCCGUCCGUUCUUCGAGCAUGUGGCAAUUAGGACUGCCCUAUUGUAUAUGUUGUUAAAAAAAAGAACUCUUUCGCCUUGAAAUCGAUGCCAUGCAAUCAUUUCAUCUCACGGACUAUCUUCACACUCGUUGGACAUCUUGAGAUCAGGCACUUUCUCUCGUCCUUUCUCUUGUUCUCCUCCACUAGGCGAGUUCAUACUGUCUUGUAAGCGCUAUCGUUAAAAAAAUUACACUCACACUAGUAAUACGGCACCCUUCUACACAUUAAUUUUUCUCAGACAAUGAACAGGGGAGAGCGAGAGAAAGUGUAGGAAGUACAGUAAAGACAUGUGUACCUAUAUAUGUCCAUUAAACGCGAUGAAAAAAUUACGAUUUUUUAUUAUAUUAACUCAUAGACAAAGCUACACGAAUUUUUAUUUAUUAUUUUAUUACGAGUGACGAUCUUUCUUGCGAGCUGCAGAUUUAAUAGAAACCUGGUGAUAGUCCUAGGAGCUAAGUAGCCCGACUUAUUAUUUUGCGUGUCGUUUUGUUUUUAUUUUUAUUUUUUUCUCGAUCCUUAUCGGAUAACGUUGCACUUAGACUAGAGCCGCGCUACACACUUGAUGAGAACGCCGUGAGUGUCGCACAAGACGUCUGAUUCCAGAGUUUUAACGCACCAGAAGUCGGAUCUGGAUUUUUGUUUUAUUUUAGAGAAGGAUACUGUGGAGGAGGACAAUGGUGGGAGGAGAUUUUGUCAAAGAAGUUUUUUCAAGGAUCCAUGCAAAAUGUAUAUAGAAUGUUCGAUUGGUUGAUGCCGAUGCCGAUCGUUGAUCCAGAAAACAAUGACUUUUUAUUUCUUUGUCAGAUCUUGUUUAUCUAUUAUAUGAGCUCCUCGUUCCUGGUGACACUCACUGCGCGACCAUAUGACUGUAAAAAGAAAUAAAUAGUCUUGUGACAUAGUUUCUGCAUAUAUUAUAUAUUGUGAGAUAGCGAGAAAGAGAGAUUAGCAGAGAGUGUGCGCGCGUGAUGAUACUAUAUGUACUUUGUGUAGGCGCCGAGUCUACGAGAUCACUAUAAAUAAUAUACAAAUUACAAAUAUGUACAUUAAAUUAAGAGAUGCGAAUUUACGAAUGGUCGAUGGGUGGCUGGUAUGUUGUUGAAUGAUUAUUAGUACAUAGUGUGAGCUAAGAGGGAAAGAGAGAGAGAGAGAAAAGAGUAUUGUACUAGGUUAUAACUAUUGCGACCAUGAGGAUGUGGAUAAAAGAUGACGGUUAAGGACGAGUACGGUGAAUAACGAUGAUAAAUGAUUUAAUUAUUAAUAAACUACUGUAUUUUAUAAUGGCAACUUUUUGAGAGGCGAUAUAUACACGGAGAAGGUGGAAAUGGAAA